AUGAACAGCAAGAAAAAGUUUCUAUUUUUAGCUCCAAAUGAAGAAUACGGUGGUAUGUUAUCUAUACUCGAUGACGGAUGCGGUAUGGAUAGAAAAGAGGCUAUUUCUGUGGUAUCGUUUGGUCAUUCCCUCAAAAGGAUGGAGCCGGGUAUGAUUGGACAAUACGGAAAUGGAUUAAAAUCCGGUGCGAUGCGUAUUGCCAAAGAUUUCAUCAUGUUUACGAAGAAGAUGGUUUGUCCUGACGUGUUUGUUGUUAUCAAGAACGUUUCAUGA